AUGAAUCAAACUUCUACUUCGUUUCCUCUUACACCUAAACUUGAAUUGAACGGGCAUCAAUUCUUCAAAGAAGCUUCUUUUAAGGAACGUUUAACUUAUAGAGUCAAACGUAAAGUUAGAGCAAGCUUUGAAUUGAUAAUUGAAAUAAUCAAAUCAUUUACGAUUUCAAGUCUUGAUCAAAAACUUCAAUUUAUAAAACCAAGUAGAAGAUCACGUACAAGAACUCAAAAAUUAUUGACUUUUAUUUUAUUAAUCAUCAGUUUGACUACUUUAAUUAAAUGGGCUUUUGGACUCUUCCAACCUGGAAUUGAUUUUCGACAAAAUCUCAAUUUCAAGCAGCCUCAACUUGCUAAGAAAUCAUCUUUACUUGGUUUCGGGAGUGACGUAUUGAUAACUGAUUCAAAGCCUCAUCCGAUUGAAAAAUUAAUGGAUCAAGCGGGUCAGUCUUGGAAAGAUAAAGUUGACCGACAGAGCACUACACUGACCAUGGCUAUAGCUCAAUAUCGCGAACGAUAUCAAAUGGAACCACCAAGUGGUUUUGAUAAAUGGUUUCACUAUGCGCAAGACCGCAAUCACAUUCUGAUCGACGAAUACGAUGCUUUGAUGAAACAACUAGCACCCUUCAGAAACCUGACCAAAUUUCAAUUGCAAUCAAGAACAAAUUUGCUGGGCACUCGAAGGGGAUUUGGUCUAGUUCAGAUUGCAGAUGGACAAGUCGAAGCAGAUUUAAAACUUAAGGAAGAAACAAAGACUCAAACUUGGGCGUUUGCUCAAGUGAUGAAAAAAGUCAUCAGUCUUGAUCCAAAGCUAAGAUUGAGCGAGAUGAAGUUUGCAAUAAAUGAAGCUUCAGAGCCUAGAAUUGUACUUCCAUGGCAGUUGAAUGUUGAAGAUGAAAAUCUCGAAGACGUAUCAUCCCUUGAUCACGCCUUAUCUGAUUGGGAAGAUGUCAGUGAUCCUGAAUACGGUGAAGUAUGGGACGAAUUCAGAAAGAGUUGUCCACCCCAAUCGGAAGCUCGUAGACUGUUUCUUCCCAAGAAUUUGAAUGCUCAGCAAAUUAAUGAUGGAUCUCAUAUGACUUUGAACCGAACAACAAUCAAUACCGAUCGCCAUACUCGAUUUGUCAAUGAUUCGCUCAUUCCUAUUCAAGAGAUCUAUUGUACACAGACCAAGAGAAAUGUCGAACAGGGCCUCUUCUUUAGCGAUACUCGAAAACUCACUGGUCUAUUUCCAGUCUUCUCUGCGUCCACUUCUCAAGGUUUUGGUGAUAUUGUCAUCCCAAGUUGUGAGUGUUUCAAAUUUGUCUCUGAUGAAGAAUUUGAAGGGAGUAGCCCAAUUCGGUUGAAUGAUGUUGCUCAGUGGAUGGAUUGGCAAGUAGAUUGGGCUUCAAGGUCUGACAAAAUUCAUUGGAGAGGCUUACCGACCGACGGAGGUAGCACUCCAUCUGCCUAUCAGCCCAGCUUCAGAGUAACCUGGAUGAUACGCCCAAAACAUCCAGUACUACAUCGACUUUUAAACUUCUUUUUCAUAAAAGGAGUUAUCACUGGACAAAUGAAAAUGGAAUCGAUCGUCGAACGUGGUUUGUUAAACAAGGAGAUUUUGGACGUUGGUUUCAUCUCUGAAGAAGGAUGUGGGGUUGAGAAGGCUUGUGAGGAGUUGGCUAAAGGAGAUUACCAGUUCUCGAUCUGGCAGCCAUUUGCGGCUGUGAAAUAUUUCAAGAUGGUACUUGAUCUUGAUGGUAUCGGACACUCAACGCGCUUCUUGGAUUUGAUGGCCUCCGGUACGGCCGUAAUGAAGAAUACGAUUUAUCGCGAAUAUCAUACAGAUUGGCUCGUGCCAUGGGUGCAUUAUAUUCCACUGAGCCUCGAAUCUCACGAGCUUUAUGAUAUCUGGUCAUAUUUCUUGGGAUCUGAAUCAAUCCUGACCAAAUCAGUAAACAAAGGGAAUCGAACUCAAGAACAAGAUCAUAGUACUCCAUUGUUGUCUAUGGGUAUUGAGGUUUUCAAUCAAGACCAUAAACUGAAGGAGAUAGCUGAAGCUGGAUUCAAAUGGUCAAAAUCGCUAGGGAGAGAGGUCGAUUGGGAGAUAUACUGUUAUCGGGUGAGUUAUAUCACCUUGAUUGGUGAGAUGUCACAUCACAAUAACUGUGUGGCUUACAUUGGGUUGGAUACUUUAAUAGCUGAUGUUGGAAUGGAAUCGAAUCUGGAAUAA